CCGACAAACUGUUACUGCUUAAUUAAUGCAUAUAUAUGGGCAUUUGCUCUCACUGACAUGAAGUUUCUUCAUAUUCACGCACCUAUUAAAAAUUAGGGUUAAACCACUUGCAAGUUUCGUGAAAGUAAAAUAUACUUAUUUUCCUUCUUAAAUAUGUAUUUUUGUUCUCUAAUUCAGUGACUUUUUUUUCUAGAGAUAUUGCUAAAAGGAAUCGUAAAUAUCAUGCAUGUAUUAUCAUGGAACAAGCAUGUGAUUGCAAACCCAAAAUUAAUCAUAAUUUCAAUCCAUGUUUAUAAAAUUAUUUAGAAACCCAAACAAGAAAAAUAAAUGAUCCGUUAAUGUCAAAAGAAUUACAUUCUCUUGUCUUUUCUCCAGGUUCCUCAAGUCAAGCCUUCAUCGACCAGACAUAAUUUUUUUUUCUUUUAAUUAAUUAUUAAUUAAACUAAUUAAUCACUUUUUUCUCAACUAUCCUCUUUAUAAAUAACUCAGAAUUGCCCGCCCUUGAAACACACACACAAAAAAUCAAGAACCAACAAGAAAAUGGAAGAAGAAAUAUAUUUCCCUGACACCGAUCUUGAUCUUAGCUUCACAUCCACCGUCACCGACCGCACAUUCGCCUCCUCAAGCGGUCGGUCCAGCCUAACCCUAAGCUUCAACGACAGGCUCUCCACUUCCUCAGCCGUUACAACCUCAUCCACAUCCUCCUCAACCAUCAACCACCGUCGCCAAGAUCCUCACUGGUCGGCAAUCAAAUCAGCUAAACUCCUCUCCUCCGACGGAAACAUCCACCUUCGCCACCUAAAACUAAUACGCCACCUCGGCACUGGAAACCUCGGCCGUGUCUUCCUAUGUAACCUCCGUGACUCCUCCGCGAGAUUCGCCCUAAAGGUCAUCGACCGUAAUAACCUAACCACGGCCAAGAAGCUAUCUCAGGUCGAGACGGAGGCAGAGAUCCUCUCCUUGCUAGACCACCCUUUCCUCCCUACACUCCACGCUCGUAUCGAUGAGUCUCACUACACGUGCCUCCUCAUCGAUUACGCUCCCAACGGAGACUUACAUUCCUUGCUACGCAAGCAACCUGGUAACCGUUUACCGCUUCAGCCGGUUAGAUUCUUCGCCGCCGAAGUUCUCGUCGCCUUAGAGUACCUCCACGCGAUGGGAAUAGUCUACCGAGAUCUUAAACCGGAAAACGUUUUGCUCCGAGAAGACGGACACGUCAUGUUGUCGGACUUCGACCUAUGUUUCAAAUCGGACGUUGUCCCCACUUUUAAAUCUCGCCGCUACCGGAGAACAUCCUCUUCGCCGUCCCUUCGUCGGCGGAGGAGCGGCUGCUUCUCCACACCGGCCGAGGAGAAGUACGAGAUGGAGGAGAUAGUUUCCGAGUUUACUGCGGAGCCAGUGACGGCGUUUUCACGUUCUUGCGUCGGAACACAUGAGUACCUUGCGCCGGAGCUAGUCUCCGGCAACGGACACGGGAGCGGAGUAGACUGGUGGGCGUUCGGAAUAUUCCUCUACGAGUUGUUAUACGGAACGACACCGUUUAAAGGAGAUAGUAAAGAGCAAACACUGCGCAACAUAGUGUCGACCACUAAGACCGUGAAGUUCCACGUGGACAGUGACAUGGAUGAAGCUAGGGACUUGAUUGAGAAGCUUUUGGUUAAGGACCCGAAGAAGAGGCUAGGAUGCGCCAGGGGUGCGCAAGAUAUCAAACGGCAUCCGUUCUUCGACGGGAUCAAGUGGCCGUUGAUUAGGCAUUAUAAGCCACCGGAGGAAGUUAGAGGGCUUGUGAUCAAGAAGUCGACUAGAGCACAUGCUGGUCACGUGACCGCCGUUACGCCGCGACGGAGGAAGUCGUUUUUGUGGAGGGCGUUGUCUUAUUUACUGCGCGGUAAAAGCUCCAGUGGUGGGAGUAAAAAUCAGAGCAAUAGUAAUUAUUAUCAUUAUGUAGGGAAAAGCUACGCGAGUCGCAAACGCGUUUAAGGCUGUCUCACGUUUUAUGUUUGCUUUCUUCAAUUUUCUUAUACGAGUUUAGAGGUAAAUCAAUACAAACAUAGAAGGUGUAUAUGUGUGUGUAUACGAUAGGAUGUUCAACGAUUUUGUAUAUGGAAAUUAUACCAGACUGAAUACUAUUUUGUCUUUUUUUUUU